AUGGGAGACAGAGGCGGCAGGGUAGAGCAGGUGUGCCGCGUGAGACGAGUGGAUUCGCGGGUGUGGCUUGUGCACGAAGCGGCGUUGAUAGUAGCGAGUACGAGCUGGAGGGUGGGGACGUGGAGGGCGAUGUGCCACGUGGCAGAAAAGCGAGGUUUCGUUGAUGGAGACGAGGGGAAGGGGAAAAAAAGAGAGAAGGGGAAAAGGAAAAGAGGAGCGGAGGGGAAGGGGAAGAAUGGAAAUGAGGGAAAGGUGAAAAGAGGAGGCGAGGGGAAGGGGAGAAGAGGAGAUGGGGAGAAGGGGAACGAAGCAGAUGAAAGGAAGGGGGGUGAGGGGCAGGAGCAGGCAGGUGGUGCAGGCGAUGGGAGGAAGGGGAGUGCAGGAGUGGUGGGUGCGGAAGCCGAGGGCGCUGAUGAGACGAGGCUGCACAGCCGGCGGAGGAGGAGGGGGAGGCCACGGAAAGUGGUCUGUGAGCGUGGUGCUGCUGUCCCAUCUGCCGGUGGUGGCAAUGAAGCGGACGGGCGGGGUGGUGGCAACGAUAGCGGUGCUGGUAGGAGGGAUGGCGGUGUGAGGGAGCAGCAGCAGGAUGAGGUGGUUGGUGCUUCCGAGUUGGAGGAGCUCCACCAUGCCAUCAGCAGCAGUGCAAGCUCUCAACAUGCUAGCGCCGCUGCCCUCAACACCUUCUCCUCCACCCUCACGCCCAAUUCCACUCCCAUACCCACUCCCCCCUCCUCGCCCCCGCCGUCGCUACACGUGCAGUUCCAAGACCUCUACUCCACGCAUCUCGCGCACAUCGCCCCGCCCUUCGCCUCUCACCGUGCCACGAGGGACAACGCCAUGGCGCUGCUCGCCCUGCACCCCUCGCCUCACACCCUCGCUGCCAUCUUCCGCGCCUGCUCUUCGCUCUUCCUCGUGCCCCUCACCCACCGCAUCCGGGCAGCUCUUGAGAUCUUUUCUGCCCACGGGCUGCCCGAGUCGCUCGCCGCUCCCUCCCACCUUCCCUCCAACGAUCUCCCCCACCUGCAGCAGGUGCUGCACUUUCUCUUCCUGCACCUCCCUCCCCCCACUGUCGCCAAACUGCUGCACUCUGCUGCCUGCCGUGUCUUCCGCACGCCCCUGCCCUCCCUCCUCCUACACCUCUCUGCAAUGCACUCCAUCCUCGCCCCCCCUCACUCCCUCCUCUUCCGCUACCCCCUCGCCCUCCGCUUUUCUCCUGAGAUCCUCAAACAGAGGCUUUCGCGGUUGGCUGAAAUUUUGCCGCUGACAGAAGCGCAAAUGGGGGUGGGAGGUGAAAACGGAAGUGGAGGAGGGGAUGGAGAGGGGAAAGUGAGAAGGAAGAUAAGACUUGACUCUGCCUCUCUUCUCCCGAUCCCUCCUCUCGAUCCUUCUCUUUCAUUCACGGCGGAUCCAGCAGUUCUCUCCCUUGUGCACAGGCAACCACACAUCCUCCAUGCCAGUAAGGUAACCAUGCAGGAGGUGGUAACCACACUCACCACUCUCUUUGGCCCACAAGGCACCUCCUACGUGCUCUCCCGCCACCCAGCCCUGCUCACUGUGUCCCCUCGCACAAUAGAAGAGGCCAUGUUCGGACUUAUUGACAUUUUUGGCGAGGAAGUUACCCUAGAUAUGAUUCAGCGCGAGCCGGGGAUUAUACAGGUCCGGCAUAGCACACUCCGGCCCAAGAUUGAUUUUAUUCUUGAGGAGAUGAUGAGGAGCAAGGAGGACAUCAGGGUGUGGCCGAACGUUCUGCUGCGCAGCCUGCCGCGCAUGCUGGUGCCUCGGUACUUCCUGGUGACUAGGAAGGACUGCCAUGCCGCCAGGGUGCUGUCUCUGCCGUGCCUCUUCAGCAACUCUAACGUGCGGUUCAGGCGGAGAUGGGAGGUCAGUGAUGCGGACUGGAGGAAGGCGCUUAUGGUCGGAGAAGUGUGGGAAGCCAGGAGGAAAGGGGAAGUUGGGUUGGCUCGUGCAAUUCAGUGA